AUGUCUCUCAACCUCGAAAAGCAGCUUCUCUUCUAUGGUUCUUACCAUCACAACCCCGUACGAUCUCAACCACUUUUUGCUAACGAUCUCAGNUGCACCAACACUCCUGCGAUUCCGCUUCCGGAUGCCAUCACCAUCCCCAACUUGCCAGCCAACCUAGGCACCAUUGUGGCUUCGCUCUACGCUACUCUCUACAUCCUGAUGGAACCCGUUGCUGGAGGAAUGUUGGCUCCUCUCUUGCUCUCUGCCACUGCUUACGCCAAUCACCUCACCUCAACCUAUGGUAUGACGGCCAACUACUAUGCUCUCGGCUUGCACGUCUUCGCUUGGCUUGCUCAGUUCGUCGGACACGGCAUCUUCGAAGGCCGUGCUCCUGCUCUACUUGACAAUCUCGUCCAGGCUCUGUUCUUGGCUCCUUUCUUUGUCUGGCUCGAGGUCCUCUUCUUCCUUGGAUACCGUCCCGAGCUCAAGGCUAGACUUGACCAAUCGGUUGCUAAGGAGGUUGCCAAGUUCAAGGCUUCAAAGACUUCCAAUGGCAAGGUUCAGUCCAGCGGUACUGCCAAUGGCGCAGCUCAUUGA